AUGUCAACUUCGAUGCGAAACCCUAAUGGACUCUACCCUGCAGUGAAGCUCAACUUCAAAGGUGUUUUUCUUCAAGAUCCUUUCUCGUAUAACCAUGGUAUCAAAUUCACAUUCAAAGAUCAUGUUUUUUUUCCUGGAAUGACAUACUCUGAGUGUAUCACCUUUCUUGAACGGUUCAUGCAAGAAAGUAUCAAGAAGCUAUAUUACUGUGAGCUAGGUAACCCCUUAAUAUCUGGGAUAACUGUUAUUCGUAACGAUGGAGAUUAUGAUGCUUUUGGAGUCGAUGGUUUUAUUUCCCUAUAUCCGGACCAUGAUGGUCAAGGAAUAGAGGAUUGGUUUGGCUUUGAGAUAGAAAUAGAAGAAGAAGACGGUGAUGAUUCAUGCAUUGAUGGUGGUGAAAAUGAAAUCAAAUUUGAUAACCUUAAAGAUGUUGAUGUGGAAUUUAAUGAGGAUAUACUCAUUAUGAGCAGAACAUAG